AUGGCACCCAAGCGGGGACAGAAGCGCGCGCCUGAAGAGCAGAAGGUCGUGGCUGUCUUGAAGAAACUGCAUGUGACGCAGGGCAGUUUUAAGCAGCUUAGCGAGGCUCUUCACCAUCCCUUGAGUGAUCUGCCGGAGGUCCCGCGGCUGGGCUGA